AUGCCUGACCAGGACCUGCGACGUCGGCAAGCACAAGCGGGCACCAGUCCUGCUGCUGCGCACCCAAUGCCCUGGAUGAGCCCAGCUGCUCCCGCAGGCGCCAAGCCGGCCGAAGCCGCCGACGAGGAAGAGCUCCAGCACAUGGCCGCCACGCCCGCCACGGCGCUUGCCGCUACCACUACCGCCACCACCGCCGGCCGCAUGCGGCGCUUCGCCCUUGUGGGCCGCUCGCGGCGCUUCCUCAUCUGCCUGCCCGUCUUCUGGUGCAUCGCCAUCUUCACCCUGCUCGUGUGGUUCCUGCGGCGUGACCACGCCCUCCCGUCGCCCAUCUCGUCCUCGCCCGGCGUCGGUGGUGGUGGCGGCGGCGGCGGCGGCAGCGGCACCCACUCGGGCGCGCCCGACGAGUCCGUGUCGGUGACGCUGCGCCAGGGCUCCUACACGGGCACCGUGCUGCCCGCCAGCAAGGGCGGCCGCCCGCGCGAGGUCGACGCCUUCCUCGGCGUCCCCUACGCCGAGCCCCCCGUCGGCGAGAACAGGUUCCGCCCGCCGCUGCGCCUCGCCGCCUCGUCGGCCGCCGCCAACGCCACGCUGGCGGGGCCCUCGUGCGCGGCGGGCGGCGGCGACUACGAGUCGGAGGACUGCCUGACCGUCAACGUGUACCGGCCCCGGAAUGCGCUGGAGGAGGAGGGCAAGAAGCUCCCCGUCGCGCUGUACGUGCACGGCGGCGCCUUCAACGGCGGCAGGGGCACGGAGCGGGACAUGGCGAGCUUCGUGGCCUGGGCCGACCGGGACGUGAUCGGGGUCAACUUCAACUACCGGGUCGGGGCGCUGGGCUUCCUGCCCUCGGCGCUCACGGCCAAGGAAGGGCUGCUGAACCUGGGCCUGCGGGACCAGCAGAUGCUGUUCGACUGGGUGAGGGAGAACAUCGCCGCCUUCGGGGGCGACGAGGACAAUGUCACGCUCAUGGGACUGAGUGCCGGCGCACACUCGCUUGGCCACCACCUCAUGCACUACACAAACAGCAGUGCCGCGCCCUUCCACAAGGCCAUCAUCGAGUCGGGCGCGACGACCGCCCGGGCGGUCCUGCUGCCCACGCACCCCCGCCACCUCGUGCAGUUCCGCGAGUUCCUCGUCGCGGCAGGUGUCGAAAAGGUCCCAGAAGCCGAGAUCUUCUCCGCGCUGCGCAAACUACCCCUGUCCACCGUCGUCCGCGCCUCUCGCCUCGUGUGGAACAAGAACGUCCCGGCCGUGACCUGGCCGUUCCAGCCCGCCAUCGACGGCGUCGUGCCCCCCUCCUCCUCCACAGUAGCCUCAUCAUCAUCACCCAAGGGGGCAAAGGACGAUACGAUCACCACCGUCGCGCCUACCAACCUCACCGCGGACCCGAUGCUGCCGGACCUGCCCAUCACGAGCUGGCGCAGGGGCCACCACCUCCGCAUCCCCGUCAUCACGGGCUUCAACACCAACGAGGGCACCAUGUUCGUGCCGCGCCUCGCCAGCACCGACGCCGACUUCCGCUCCUUCUUCCGCACGCUCAUCCCCUCCCUCUCCGACGCCGACGCCGCCGCCCUGUCCGCGCUCUACCCGGACCCGGCGACGGCGGGCCCCUCGUCGCCCUACGCCGCCGUCCCCGCGGGCACGGGCAGGCAGUGGGCCCGCCUCGACGCCGCCUACGCCCACUACGCCUACGUCUGCCCCGUCCUGCAGACGGCCGACUUCCUGGCCAACGCCACCGGCGGCGCGGGCGUCCGCGUCUACCACUACGCCGCCCGCGCCACGGCCUGGGACACGGCCAACCACGGCGACCACCAGCCCGUCGUCGCGCACGACAUGGCCCGCAUCGGCGGCUACCCGGGCGUCGUCAAGAUCGCCGACGCCAUGCUCGCCGCCUGGGCGCGCUUCGUCGCCCUGCCUCCCGCCGCCGCCGCCGCCGCCGUGGACGGCGACAAAGACGACGACGACGCGCUGUGGCCCACGACCGACGUCACGGGCGGCCGCAGCCGCAAGGUCGCCGUCUUCGGCCGCGGCAACGACGAGCGCGUGCCGGGUUCCAAGCACGCCAGCCGGGGCACGCCGCGGGUCGUCGAGGACCUGCCCCAGGACCUGCUCGACAAGUGCCGGUUCUGGUGGGACAGGGUCGAGCUCAGCGAGGGCCUCGGCAGCCGGACGGCCCCCGCGAUGGCCGCGGCGUCAUCAUAG